ACCUUAAAAAAAAAAAACUACAUAUAUUUUGAUUGUUAUUUCUUUGUUGCUUUGUUGUGCUUUGUUGAAAAAAAAAAAAUCUGUCUUGGAGGAAAACAAACAAAUUUUAUUGUGUAAAAUAAAAACCAUAUGAGUUGAUUAAUAGUAAUAAAUAAAUCAACUAGAGGAAAAAUUUAAUUAUCAAAUGGGCGUUUCUUUUUUUAUCAUCAUUUAUCAUUAAAAAUAUUAUUUUUGUUAUGACAGUUGUCAGCUGAUUUGCAUUAUUUACAUAUGUCAAAAAAAUAAUAAUGAAAAUUUGUGUAAAUUAAAAAUAACAAGUUAAGUUAAUUAUUUAAUUUUUACAGAUUGUUUAAUUAUGAUUGUUUUUGUUACACAUGACAUUGGAUUUAAUAUAUUAUUAUCAUUAAUUUAUUUUCAACAAAGCUGACAUAAAUUAAACAAAGAGUUACUUAAUAAAUAAUUAAAUAAAUUGCAUAUUUAGAUGAAGUAAUUUAUAAAUAAUAAAAUGUCAGUUAAUAAUAAAAACACAAUAGCUGGAAGAUCAUCUUCAUCAUCAUCUAAUGGUGUUGGUAGUGGAACAACACUAAAUCGUAAUACUCAACGAUCAUCAGUGUUAAAAAUAGUAUUAAAAGUUGUAAUUCUUGGAAAUGGAAAUGUUGGAAAAUCAUGUCUAAUGAAUAGAUUUGUAUCAAAUCAUUUUGAUGAACAAAGUUUUCAUACAAUUGGUGUUGAAUUUUUAAAUAAAGACAUUGAAAUUAAUGGUCAAAUUUAUCAACUACAAAUUUGGGAUACAGCUGGUCAAGAACGUUUUAAAUCAUUGAGAACACCUUUUUAUCGUGGUUCUGAUAUUUGUCUAUUGACAUAUGCUGUUAAUGAUAAAACUAGUUUCAACAAUCUUGCAUUGUGGAAAUCGGAAUUUCUUUAUUAUGCUGAUGUACAUGAUGGAUCAAUAUUUCCUUUUAUUAUUAUUGGAAAUAAGGUUGAUGUACCAGAAUUGGAGAAACAAAUAUCAACAGAGGAAGCUCUUGCUUGGUGUGCUAAAAAUGGUAAUCCACCACUAGUUGAAACAUCAGCUAAAAAUGCAACAAAUGUUGAAGCAGCAUUUUGUCAAGCUGUUGAAACUUGGGCUAGACUUGAUGCUAAAAUGGAUCGUCCAAUUGUUGAAGAUAUAGUCAAUCUUUCAAAACAACAAACAAUUCAUCGUACCACUUGUUGUAUGCCAACAAAUUCUUCUGAUAAUUAAAUUUUUCUUUUAUUUUUUUUAAAACCAUUAUUAUUUUACUGCAAGUGAUACAAACAUUAACAUAUUUCAUGUAAAAUUAUUAUAUUUUCUAUCUAGAUAAAUACAAAAUAUAAUUUACAAUUAGAAAAAAAAUAUAUUUAAUGUAGCUGGGUGAUUUGUAAUGGACAAUCUUGAUCGUUAAAAAUUAUCAAAGUAUUUAAAAAGUCUUUAUGUGAUGAGUAAGACCAAAGUGUGAAAAAUUAUAAUUAAUUUCAUUAACAAGCCAAGUGAUCCAUAUGUAUGAGGCAAUUAAACAAAUCAUUUUAUUUUCUUUUUCAAUCAACCAUUUGGUUUAAUUAAUAUAAAUAUAU